AUUGAGUGAAUGAAAAAAAGUCAGAGUUUUUAUUAUUAGUUAAUAUGAAAACAAUAUUUGACUCAUAAUUAGAGACAAUAUUAUUGAUGUUUGAGUGACCACUUCGGUAGUACCGAUAGUCCACUGGUUAUGGAUUUGUCACAAAAUAACUGUUUUUGUAUUUUUUGCUCAAAAACUGAUAUUUUCAAAAGCGAUGUAAAACCACACAUAUAUAUGACACACGUUAAACAUAGAGUGGAUUCAAGAUUUGAUCAUAUGUUGGAUCAAUUGAUCAACUAUUGUAAUCAAUUGAAUGAUACCAUUAAGAGAUCACAUAAUAGUCGACAGUAUUUGCCAUCAAAUAACGUAAAAGGUUUGGUCAUUGGUUGCAAUGUUUGCGAUAAUAUUAUCAGUCAUUACAAACUCGACUCAUUUGAUCGGGUAAUCAAACCGUUUAAAAAUGAAUGUAUUUGCGGAAAAUCGGACAAAAGGUCAGAUUUGGUGACCUGUGGGCAAUGCGGACACUCAUUACAUUUGCAAUGCUAUGACCACAACAUUAUGGACAAAGAUGUAAACAAUGAUUAUUUAUGUAAAUAUUGUACGACUCGUAACUUCAACAUUGAAUUAACCACUGAUUUGUCGCCUAUGGAUGUGUUGAGCCAUUGGAGACAACAUAUGAAUUACAAUCCAUUCAAAUGUUGUGUUGUCUCACAAUCAAAGAAAUGCGACCAAAGAUUUCAUUCGUUAUCAUCUUUUGUUUAUCACUUGAAGACAAUACAUAAAUGGCAGAAACAGAUGAUCACAAAAGAGAAUGUAAAAGAAAAUUUUGUUUUUGAACCGUUUGAUGACUUAGAGGACCAUUUGACACAAAAUAAAGUCAAUUGUAUCUUUGAUUUGGAGUGGACCUCCUAUUGUGCUGACCCAACAAAUAAAGAAUCAGAUAUUAAUUUUAAUUCUUCCACAAAUAAUUUAUCAAAUUGUGAUAAUAGAAGUGUCUCCUCAAUACAAGUGAGACCAAUAGUUUCACCUGUUUUGGYAACAAAUGCCAAAAAAUCUCAUUUGGACAGUCCGUCGACAAGUCAACGAUCAUUACAGAAGAGCGAUUCAACUAUUCGUUGGACUACUUCACUUCAAAAGUCGUCAUCAAUGGUUAAUAAUCCAACAAAUAGUAGCAAUAAAAAGACACACUCCUGGCUCAAUGCAUAUCCAAAAACCAUACAUCGCAUUAUAAAAGAUAUUGAAAAUUUAGCCUUAAUUGGACACCAAUGGCUAAACAAUCCAAAAUCAUAUCAAUAUAAAUAUUUCGUUGAAAGACUUAUUGAAAUUGAAGCAAAUGAAGACUUUCAAGAGAACAUUGCGAAACGGGAGAUAAUUUAUGAUCACUUUAGCAAAAAAUUAAAGAUUGAUAAACAAAGAUUGUUGGAAAUACUUUUUAAAGCAGUUUGUGAUAAAAUUAUUAAAGAAAAAAAGACAAAAAUWAAAACAAUUAUAUUGAAACAUAUGAAACAAUCGUUUAGUACAUCAAGUCAUACAAAAAAGUUUCAAAUAAGUGAUGAAUUAAUUGAUUUAUUAAAUGAAUUGUGUGAAACUAAACUAAAACUAUAUCAGAGAUUACCAAAAUCAAGAAAAGAUAAAAUAACUGAAUAUCAAUAUCUAAUUGAGUUUUUGGAUCAACAAAUUAUACCUCUUUGGCCGAAAGGACUAAUGAAUCGCCAAACAUUAUCAUUAGUUAUUAACAACUUUCCCAAUAGUAAUACAGUAGAAAAUAACUCAAACAAUUCAACAGAUCCUGAAGUUAUUGAUUUAUGUGACGAUUCUUCAGAUGAUGGACAACUUAGUGAUGAUAAUGUAUCAAAUAGUGGACAACAAGACAAUACAAGUGAAGUAAAUGAUUUACAUGAAAGUGUUACAAAUUUAGUUACCGGUAAUUGUACUGUUAAUGAACAACAAAGUGAUGAAAAUCAAAAUAUUAAUGAACAGUCAAAUAAUAUGAAUAAAGACGAACAACUAAUUAAUGAUAAAACUAAUAGUAGUAAUGAUAUGGACUCUAAUUCUAAUGCAAAUCAAACAGAUUAUAUAACUGAUAUCAUGAAUGAAUCAUAUGAUGAAACAUUGAUUGAAUUGAAUGAUGAAUUAUCUAAUGAUAAUUUGGUGGUUAAUGAAUCAAAUUUAACAAAAAUUUGGAAAAGUUUUAGCAAAUUAUGUACCAAAAUGGGACACAUUUCGUGUGUUUAUUGUUUUGCUUUUGAUAGAACAGGCAAAUAUGCGUUUACGGCUUCUGAUGACUUCCUCAUAAAGAUUUGGUCCACAAAUGAUGGGCGCCUUAUAUCCACACUUCGUGGACAUGUUUACGAAAUAACAGAUAUUGCUGUUAAUUAUGAGAACACUUUAUUAGCUUCGGGUGAUAUAAAUUAUUUAAUAUUUAUUUGGUGUUUGAAAAGCRCACAAUCAUUAUAUGUACUCAAAGGACACACCCAACAAAUAACUUCACUAAAAUUUUGUCCGUUAUCUCAAAUUAUCGAAAGUCGUUAUUUGAUGUCUACAGGGGAUGACGGGAGGAUCUGCUUCUGGAAAUAUAAUACAAUGACUAAAGUGUUUAAAACAGAACCGGAUUCUCAACUAAUUGAACAACACUUUAAGCGCUCUGGUAUUGCUUGUUCUUCAUUUUCAUCUGGUGGUCAUCUAUUGGCUGUUGGUUCCACAGAUUUUUAUGUUACUAUUUUUAAAGUGGACGCCAUUAAGGGUCCAAAAAAAUUAACUUCUAUGAAAUAUCAUUCGGCACAUGUGGACAGAAUCUAUUUUAGUCACAAUAGUCUGUCAUUUGCUACUUCAAGUAGAAAUGUAUGGAUUGAAAAAAAUAUUGAUAAAGACAAUGCUUUUAUCUGGAGGUUCGAGAAAAACUCUUGGARAGUGAUUCCCAUAAAAGUUUAUACAGAACUUAACGGAAAACACAUUUAUAAGAGAUUGGUUGUUGAGAUGCAGUGGAGUCAAGACGAUCAAUACAUCAUAACAUCUUUGACUGAUUUCUCAAUAAAAGUCUGGAAUUCAAAUGAUGGCCAAUUAGUUCACACAUUAAGACAACACACCGAUGAAGUUCAUGUCAUCCAAAGUCAUCCCAUUUAUUCACAURUAUUUUUAUCAGCCGGUUAUGACUCGAAAGCUGUUAUUUGGAACUUGAAAAAGGGUCGACUCAUUAAAUCGUUUACUGGUGAGAAAGGCAGAGCUAUAUUGGACGCCGCUUUUACUGCCGAUGGAACUAUGUUUGGUGUSACCACAUGUUACGGACAAUUAUCUCUUUUUGGUCUUAAUUCACAAAACUCCUACAAAGAUAUUCCCGAUGAACUGUUUUUUCAUAAUGAUUAUCAUCCAAUUAAACAAUUAGCUAAUAAAUUAUCAUUUAUUGAUGAAGAAACUCAAUUAGAUCCUCAUUUAUUGCCCAUACCAUUCCUGGUUAAUAUUAAUGGCAAUCAAUAUUUACCACAAUUUCAACGAUUAGUUCCUGGAAGGGAACAAACCAAAGCUCAUCAAAACGAGCCUUUCAUUUGUAAAAUAAAUGGCAAUAAAAAAGUUUUAGGUCUUGUCUUAAAYCCUUUGUCACCAAAUAAAUCAAUGAAUCGGAAAAAGAAAACAAACAUUGAAAACAAAGUAAACGAUUUGAUAGAAAUCCUUGAUUUUAUGACUCGUUCGCAAAUGUUUGACAGUGUUUUUGGUAAAUAUAUUAAUAUAAUGAGUACAAAAUCAAGCAAAGAAUUUCAAGACUUUAUAGAUCGUCUUUUAUUAGCAAUUAAUCAGGACUUAAAUACUGCAGACUAUUAUACAAAAUCUAAUGAAUUGAUCCGAUAUCCACCAUCAGAGCUCAUUAUUCCUAUACUUAAUCAUUGUCUGCCAUUUUUUGUACCCGAAACUAGUGAUAAAAUAUUAAGUGAUUCAAUAUCAAUGAAAACAAAAUUUAAAAUAUUGAAAGGAUUGGAUAAAAACGAUGAAACAGAUGAGUUGUCGAUACCAAAUGAUCCGUCAAUAUUAUCAUUGGACUCAUUUCAACCCAAAUCUACAUUUUUUUCAAAUACAUUGAUUGAAUCAUCUGAUGAUAGCAUAUCUUUUAGUGAUAAUCUUAAAGAAUGUUUUAAAUGUCUUUACGUUACUUUACUCUUAGCAAGUAUUCAACCGAAAGAAAUUAAUAUCAAAGUUGUAUCCCUURUCAAGGGUUUGAUGGAUGAAACCGUCAAAACUGACCAAUUUAUUGAACAAAUUACACAAAUUUUAGAUAUGAAUAUAACUAUUGAUAAUUAUUCACUUCAUCUAAAAGAAAUACUACCUGAACUCAAAUAUUAUCUCAAUAAAGAUCUGCUUUAUUUAAAUGGUAUCAAUAAUGUGCCAUUAUUUGCACCAAAAGGUUUAGCGGUUUCAGUUGCCAACCAUUUAGAGCAUGACUACUGUAACGGUAGAUUUGAGGAAAGUGYUGAUAAGCGUACAUUAUAUCUACGCGAUCUUACAGCUAAUCCAACKUCAUUUAGAGAGAAAGGCUGGAAAGUGGCUGAAACACAACUUCGACAACGACCUGGUCAUUGGCUUUCAUUUGAUUUUAACGYUACGUGGGAUCAACUCUGGUCACAGAGAGACGCAGUCAUACAAUUAAACAAAGAACAGAUUGAAGAGAUUAAUAAUGAGCUCAAACAAAAAGAAAUAAAAGAAAUAGAGUUUCUUAAAGAGUUUUUAGACAAUAAUGAACAACAAAAUAAUAGCAACGAAUUAGUGCCCGAAUUAAGUAAUUCACAAUUAAACGAUACACUAGACAAUCAAAUUAUUAAUAAUGAAAUUGAUAUGAAUGGUUCAUCACCACAAUCACCCACUUCUUCGGAGGWAUCAAAAACAAAAGGACAAAAGUUGGACCUUUGGAUMCAAAAAUAUGAAGUGCCAACAGUAUCACAAUCUACCCGUUCAAAAACAAAAGCCACUAAAUCUAGUGGUAGACGACAAUUACCACAAACACCGGCUAACUCUACCCGUUCUAAACAUAAUUUAGAAGAAUUCUAUGAUGAGAUGUCGAGUAAUAGUAAAUUAAAUUAUACGCAAAUUCGAACUUAUUCGAGAUUAACUAAUCUCACGAAAUCAAACUCACUGAUCCAAUCAGUCUCUAAUAAUAAUAAUAAUAACAUUAUGGAUAGCGAACCCAUGUCACCCGAAUCUGAUCUAAUGGACAUGGACAGUGAGACAGAGACAGAUAAUGGACAGUCAGAUGAUGAUAGUGAACCGGCAGCUAAAAAAUCUAGACUUGAAAACAAAUCGACGGACUUAGCUAAUGAUAAUCAAUUAAAUGCUGAAAAUAAUGUUGAGUUAAGUGUAUCUGAAACUCAAUCAAAAUCAGUUGAAGAACAGAAUCAUUCACGUAGUGAUCAGUUAGAUCUUAUUAUUAGUACAUUUAAUAAUUUUGUCGAUAAAAUGGCUAAUAARGAGAGCAACGAAAGCUCAGAGAAAGUAUUGAUGUCUACAACGACACCCAUAAUAACAGAAAGUACAGAAACGACAAUAACAUUGACAGCAAAAGAUGUGGAAAAGACAUUAAAUUUGGAAAAUUUAGAGCAAACUGUCAGUAAAACUAUAGAUAUAAUUGAAUCGCAAUACAAGACAAUUAUUACUAAACAAGUCGUUUGUGAUAUAGAAACGCAAACAGAAAAUAUUGAUAUUAAACCAGUUAUCAAAUCCGAAUCAAUUGAUAUGAAAGUGAAGAAAGAGUUUUUCUAUUUAUGUAUAUUUUGUCGACAAUUGAUAACAUUUUUUCAUCGAAAGGAAGCCUUCGAUCACUUGAAGAGUCAUUUGGCAGCAGUUAUCAGAUGUGAUAUAUGUUCAGUCAAUUUUGCAAACAUGAAAGCCUUUCGCACUCAUAAUAAACAGCAUUCAAUUAGUGAGAAAAAUGUUGUCAAUAUUCGCAACUUUUGUCUCUCAAUUGAUUGGAUCGAAUCAUUUCUGAACUUUCAAAUGACUGAUACUUUUAAGAAAUUGAUCCGUCGUUACGAUGGCUUUUGUCCAGUUUGUCAGUCUUUAAAACUAUGCAAUUAUCAACCGUUAAUCAAUGAUAAAGCAAACAAUGGACAUACCAUUCAGCAACACAUUCGUCUUCAUUUAAAUUGUGAUAAAGUAUUUGAGUGUAAGACAUGUUUGAAAUCGUCAAGCGAUACGAAAAAAUAUUUUUUCGGUACUACCGAUGCACACAGUCAUGUGUUAACUGAACAUCGGAUCAAAUUAGACACCGAUACAAGUUUGGCCACACAUUAUAAUAAAGUUGAAACAUUGAGUCCAAACUUAGACGAACACAUAAAGUUUUGCAUUGAUAUUAACAAUAGUAUUGACGAUUUGUAUGAAAUAAAUUCAAUUGACUAAGUUUUUAUUGUUGUGAUAUAAAUGUCAACAAUUA